UUGAAGUAGCUAGCAUUUUAUAUAUAACCUAAACGUCGAGCUUUAGAAAAGUGUGUGAUGCAUGCCUGCCGCCUUCUCCUUCAGCCUUCCAGGGUUCAUCAAUCCGCCAUCGAUUCCCUCUGUACUUGCUCCUCCAUGCUCGUCAUUCUGACAAUCUAAACGGACUUUCAUUCUGUCCACAUUUCCUCUUGAAAAGCUCCCAGAAAUGCCCGCUGGAGUUCGUCUGUAAGUAUUAUACGUUCGUCCAUCAUUGCGGAUUAAUUGCUUUGUCAAAUUUGCUCACAGACGAUUGCGAGAUUGUGCAAUAAAGAGGAGGUGAAGCUAGUUUGUUCUUCUAGUGUGUUUCUGUUUUCUUUGAUUUGCGGUUUUUGUUUUUACGAUGGCCAUGCCGGCAGCAUUGUCGAGACCGAAUCAGUUUCUUGUUCGGCAACCGAACUCUCAGUUUUCUGCCCGUCAUCGGAUUUAUAGUCGGAAUUUGCAGGUUCUUAAGAAUCCUUCACGUUCACUGUCCUUUAGGACGGCGGCGGACCAUGUAUCACGCGUUUACUGCUGUCAGACAGAACGCGUAGUUUUGAAUUCUGAAUCGAAAUCAUCAAUUAGACGUCCGCCGUACAUUCCUAAUCGUAUUCCUGACUCUUCAUAUGUUCGCAUAUUUGAUACCACUCUCCGCGAUGGCGAGCAGUCUCCGGGUGCCUCUCUCACUGCUAAAGAGAAGGUUGAUAUUGCUCGUCAGCUCGCCAAGCUUGGCGUCGACAUAAUUGAGGCUGGAUUCCCUGCUGCCUCGAAGGAAGACUUUGAGGCAGUCAAGAUGAUUGCCAAAGAGGUCGGAAAUGCUGUCGAUGAGGACGGGUACGUGCCUGUUAUUUGUGGUCUCUCGAGGUGUAAUGAGAAGGAUAUUCGAACUGCAUGGGAGGCUGUGAAGUACUCUAAGAGACCGCGGAUACAUACCUUUAUUGCAACGAGCGAAAUUCAUAUGGAACAUAAGCUGAGAAAGACGAGGGAGCAAGUGAUUGAGAUUGCUCGAAAUAUGGUGCAGUUUGCACGAAGUUUGGGUUGUGAUGAUGUUGAGUUCAGCCCUGAGGAUGCUGGGAGAUCUGACAGAGAGUUCCUUUAUCAAAUUCUGGGGGAAGUGAUAAAGGCUGGGGCAACUACUCUCAACAUACCAGAUACUGUGGGUUAUACAAUGCCAUUUGAAUUUGGCAAGUUGAUUGCUGAUAUAAAAUCUAAUACUCCUGGCAUUGAAAAUGUUAUCAUUUCAACACACUGCCAGAACGAUCUUGGACUUGCAACUGCCAACACAGUAGCA